AGAAGUUGUUAUUAUAAUGUAUGUUCUGCUCUCUACAGGUUUCUGGACAACCGUUUGUUUGCCACGUGUUCUGAUGACACCACCAUAGCUCUGUGGGACCUGAGGAAGCUCAACUCUAAAGUGUGCUCUCUGCACGGUCACGCCAGCUGGGUCAAGAACAUAGAGUACGACACCAACACACGACUCCUCGUCACCUCUGGCUUUGACGGAAACGUCAUCACCUGGGACACCAACAGGUUUACAGAGGAUGGCUGCCCCCACAAGAAGUUCUUCCACACACGCUACCUGAUGAGAAUGCGUCUGACUCCAGACUGUUCCAAGAUGUUGAUCUCCACGUCGUCUGGCUACCUGCUGAUCCUUCACGACCUGGACCUCACACAGUCUCUGGAGGUGGGCAGCUACCGUAUGCUGCGGGCCAGACGCACCCCCCUCAGCUCAGAUGGCUCAGCGUCUGCGUCGAGGUCAAGUGGAGCUCCUCGACAGGGUAACGACUCCAGCAAGAUCCACCCUCACAGAGAAGGUCAGUUAGAGGCAUGCUGGGCUUACUUCAGACACUGGUCCUGUUGUAGAACAACCACUCAGAGUCUGGUCCUGUUGUAGAACAACCAUUCAGACACUGGUCCUGUUGUAGAACAACCAUUCAGACACUGGUCCUGUUGUAGAACAACCAUUCAGACACUGGUCCUGUUGUAGAACAACCAUUCAGACACUGGUCCUGUUGUAGAACAACCAUUCAGACACUGGUCCUGUUGUAGAACAACCAUUCAGACACUGGUCCUGUUGUAGAACAACCAUUCAGACACAGGUCCUGGUCCUGUUGUAGAACAACCAUUCAGACACUGGUCCUGUUGUAGAACAACCAUUCAGACACUGGUCCUGUUGUAGAACAACCAUUCAGACACUGGUCCUGUUGUAGAACAACCAUUCAGACACUGGUCCUGUUGUAGAACAACCAUUCAGACACUGGUCCUGUUGUAGAACAACCAUUCAGACACUGGUCCUGUUGUAGAACAACCAUUCA